CCUUGUCCAAACUAUCACAAUCUCACCAACCGUCCUCCAGUGAACACCAGGAGUCAAAAUGGCGUCUAUGAAAGUGGUGUGUUUAGUUUUGUUAUUUGGGGGUGCCAUGGCCCAGCCCCCCAAACAAGGCUUCUGGAAGGACACACCCCUAGACAGCAUGGUCGAAGAAAUGAGAUCAGGCUGCGUUGAGGGCUCGGAUCCGACUGCCUGCAUCAAAUACAAGGUCAUGUCUUUGCUGGACAGCAUCUUCAAAAAGGACACGUUCCAGAUCUCCGAUGCAGUGGAAGUAACGAAGAACGAUGCUAGCAACGACGCAACUGGACGUUCUUCGGGCGAUUUCAUGGACAGCAUUGAGAACUAUAUCCAGUCUCACGACGUGACCUUCCAGAUGCCAAUUGCUGAUACCAAAAUCACUGUCAGCCCGAGAAACCUAGACAACGAUGAGCUUAGCUUGAACAUCAAAUUCAACAAGGAAGGAGCCCGCUCCGUUGGGGAAGCACGUAAAGCCAAGCUCAAGAAGAUCAUCGUCCCAAUCCUGGUGUUCGUUCUCCUUAAGGCCAUGACUCUCAUCCCCCUGGCUAUCGGUGUCCUCGGAUUGAAGGCCUGGAACGCGCUGCAACUGUCUUUCUUCUCUUUCGUCGUCUCCGUAGCCUUGGCUAUCUUCCAACUGUGCAAGAAGUUUACCCAGAUUGCCGCGGACAACUCCCAUCCGCAGAUCUCCGCUCACGGACCCUGGGAUGCUGCUUAUGCCGCCACUCGCCACAGGAGAGAGGCUGAACCCCAGGACUUGGCUCAAGAGCUGGCUUACAACGCUUACCACUAAGGAAAACGACCUCCUGAGAGUUACAGACCAUUAAACCCUCGUUCACACAAAAGUUCUUUUUCACGGACGUUAAAAAUACGUCCAAAUAUAGUAUGAAGCUAAAUGAACGUCUAUUUCCAAAGCCCAAAUUUGAAAAUGCAACACUGCUCGAAAAAAAGCGUCAUGUUCUAAAAAACGCUGUCUUGAGAACAUAUACUAGGGAAUGCAUUUGUUGUAAUUGAAAGCUUUUUUAACGUCCGUUUAAAAACUCUCGUGCGAAUGAGACCUGACAAAACAAACGCGUAUUCUCGGACUCUUAGAUAAAACAGAUUUCAACCUUUGGAACUUAAUGCCUAUUUGUAGUAGCCAUUUUGAAAAUUCAAGCAAUAGUUUCAUAGGUUUUUUAGGACAUUGUAUCUAUCGAAAUACCGUUCUUUGUAUUGUAUACGACAUAUAACUCUCUUUAUAAUGAUAAUAGGAAACGAUUACUGAUCGAAUGAAUACCUGCACCGUAUGUUAUGUAGCAAACGGGUACAAACCAAAUAGGUUUUUCGAAACCGUGCGUGUAAAUAUUUAGUGUGGAUUGUAAUUAUUUAUUUAGUUGUGUGUGUGUAUGAUUGAUUUGUGUGAUUGUUUUAUUUAUUGUUUAAAUAAAUCAUAUUUUAAAA